UUCCGGGACGAUAUUUCCCUUUGUAGCAGACUGUUAAAUCCGCUGCAUCUUUUUUUCUAGAUAUUCUUCAUAUUUUUGAGUAAGUUUUUAUAUUUUUUAUUAAAAAUACAUUGUGCGAAGUUUUUUCUGCCAGUUGCCAACUUCCAAACACAUAGUCCACCUUCAGAGCAGCAGCAGCAUGUCGGAGCUGGACCUGUCCCCUCCGGAGGUCCCUGAGCCAACCUUUUUGGAGAGUGUGCUGAAGUACGGCCUGUUUUUGGGAGCCAUCUUCCAGCUCAUCUGCAUACUCGCCAUCAUCAUUCCCUCGUCUAAAGGCCAUGAGCAGGAGGAGACGGAGGCCACCGAUAACAAAACUACAGCAGAACAAAUGAAGAAGUCUAAAGGAGCAGCGCCCCAGAUCCGGCAGAAACCAAAGAAAGAGAGUAAAAAGAAGAGAUAAACUGUGUUGUGUUGUGUGUGUGUGUGUGCGUGUGUGAGUGAGAGCGAGAAAGAGAGGUGUGUGUAAGGAGUGUGUUUGUGCGUCAUCAUGAUCGUGUUGGCCUGUUAUUACUGGUACCACUAUGAUAACAUAAAACACUCAUUUCAAACAGAACUAUUAUUUACUGUUUCUUGAGGACUUUAUUGUCAUUUUUGUGUGUACACAGUUACUACAAUUUCAUUUUUAUUUGAAUAAACAAACACAAAAAUCAUUUGACUAAUUAUUUGAUUGCGUAACUGGUCAUCCUGUCAAAGGUUAUGUUGCAAUUGGAUUUCUCUUUGAGACAGAAUCUAUAAGUAUAAGAAUCUAUCGUUGUUUUAUUUCUGUUUCUUUUCCUAUGCUUUGUACCAGGUUUAUCAUUUUCUUGUCUGUUUCUUUGUCUCC